AUGAGUGACCAAAACAUCCUUAGGGCCCGCGAGACCUUCGCGACAAUUCUGAGUUAUUACGAGAAUCGUAGCAACAGCAGCAGUGAUUAUUCGACAAGUCUCCCUCCCCCGGACUGGGCCAGGAGCGCCAGGAGCUCCGAGUACGGAAAUAUAAUUAUCGGCUAUAUCCAGCCACGACCUCCCACCGCCGAACAAGCAGCGCAGGCACAGCAAUAUCUAAGUGAUCUAUUGCGGUCGCAAGAAACAAGGAACAGCUUGUCACCAACUGAGAGACAGCUGUUUACGGCGGCUGUUAGUGAGCCUAUUAGUCUGGUGAACCGACGUCCGCCAAAUCCAGCUCCAUCAAAUACACCCCCGUCAACUACAUUUGUAUUGAGUCCACGACCAUCAAAUCAGCCUCCGCCGAGUACAUAUCAGUCGACUGCAUUUCCACCAAGCCCACACCCACCAAAUCCGCCGCCAUGCAAUACAGAUCCAUCGAGCCUGCGUGAAUCGCAUCCACCUUCGAUGACUCCACCUUCGGCAUCGCCUAGAGCCACGACUGAAUCGGACACGCGCUAG